CAGCCCGAUGGCCCCGGACCUCAGCGGCCGCCUGGGCCUGCUGCUGCUCACCUGCUGCCUUGCGGCCGCCCGGGCCCAGCUGCUGAGCCUGGACUGGCUGUGGCCCAGCAAGGUCGCCAGCCCUGCGCUCCAGGCCUCCGAGCCCAAGGGCCACCUUCCUGUGCAGCCCACCACGCACGCGGCCACCGGGGAUGGCUCCACGGAGCGAGGGGCGGCCCCCGCCAGCCCUGAGCCACCCCCGGAGCUGCUGGAGGGUGGCCGGACUGGGGGCCCUAACGCCCCCCCCACCCCCACCGCCACGGCUGCCCUGAGCCCCAGCGCGAGGGAGGAGAACAUCGCCGGGGUCGGAGCCGAGAUCCUGAACGUGGCCCAGGGCAUCCGGAGCUUCGUCCAGCUGUGGGAUGAUGCCACCCCCACCGAGAGCACAGCCGGGGUGCAGACACUGGCCCCCGAGGCCCCCCCGGGCCCCCCCACCCGGCCUGGGCCCUCCAGCGCCCCCAGGGAGGACGGGCCGGCGCUCUGGCCGAGCAGUGGUGCUCCGUGGGCUCCGGGCGCCAACACAGCCGGGGCGGACAUGCCGCCCGCACUCACCCUGGCCGCCCCCUCCCGGGGCAGCCCCCAGGCACCACUCAGGGAGCCCUCGGUGCCACCGCGGUCCCCAGGUAGAGCGUCUCUCUCCUCCGUGCUGGGCGGGGCUCCUCCCUGGGGAAGUUGGCUGUCCCCCGGGCGGCCCCCAGAUCUGGACGGCGAAGGACGCGCACCCGUGGCGGCCGGUCCCGGCCAGUGGCACCCUGACGUCCGCAGGCACACGGCGCUUCUGCACCCCCCGGUGACGGGCUCCCUGGGCGCACACGCUGCUCUCUCCUCUGACUCUGACUCUCCGGGCGCACGGUCUAGAACAGCAGUCACGGCUCUAAUUGGGGACGCCGGGGCUUGGGUUUCCCACAUGGCCGACUCUGUGGGGCCUGGUCUUGCCAAUCACUCCGCUGCUCUGGGUGCCGGCCGCUGCCUGCCGCUGCCCCCCUCGCUGCCCGCCUGCGGCCGCCUGGGCAUCAGGCGCUCCUGGCUGCCCAACCACCUGCAGCACCAGCGCGGCGAGGAGGUGCAGGCCGCCGCGCAGGCAUGGGGGGGCCUCCUGCGGACGCGCUGCCACCCCUUCCUGGCCUGGUUCUUCUGCCUGCUGCUGGCCCCCCCGUGCGGCCCGGCCCCGCCGCCCGCCCCCCCGCCCUGCCGCCAGUUCUGCGAGGCCCUGGAGGACGCGUGCUGGCGCCACCUGCCCAGGGGCCGGCUGCCCGUGGCCUGUGCCGCCCUCCCGGCCCAGGAGCACGGGUACUGCGUGUUCAUUGGCCCGGCUGCAGAGAGCGCUGGCGAGGAGUUGGGGCUGCUGCAGCUCCUCGGGGAGCCGCUGCCCCCGCAGGUCACCCAGAUCGACGACCCCGAGGUCGGGCCGGCCUACGCAUUCGGGCCAGGUGCCAACAGCGGCCAGGUGGCCCGCUACCACGUCCCCAGCCCCUUCUUCCGAGACUUCUCGCUGCUGUUCCACGUCCGGCCGGCCACGCAGGGCGCGGGGGUGCUGUUCGCCAUCACGGACGCGGCACAGGCCGUGGUCUUGCUGGGCGUGAAGCUCUCCGAGGUGCGGGAGGGCCGCCAGCACAUCAUGCUACUGUACACGGAGCCGGGCGCGGGCCAGACCCGCACGGCUGCCAGCUUCCGCCUGCCCGCCCUGGUCGGCCGGUGGACCCGCUUUGCGCUCAGCGUGGACGGCGGCUCCGUGGCGCUCUACGUGGACUGCGAGGAGUUCCAGAGGACGCUGCUCACACGAUCCUCGCGGGGCCUGGAGCUGGAGCCCGGCGCCGGCCUCUUUGUGGCCCAGGCCGGAGGGGCGGACCCCGACAAGUUCCAGGGGAGGAUCGCGGAGCUGAGGGUGCGCGGGGACCCCCAGGUGAGCACCCGGCACUGCCUGGACGAGGAAGACGAUGACUCGGACGGGGCGUCCGGGGACUUCGGCAGUGGGCUCGCGGAGAACCGGGAGCCGCUCGGGGAGGACACAGGCGCGGCCCCAAAACCCGGCCUCCCCCCGCCUCCCCCAGUCACUUCCCCGCCCUUGGCUGGAGGCGGCAGCAUGGAAGGUUCCAGAACGGAUGAAAUUGAAGACACCACAGCAGCUUCAUUAGGAGCGCACAGCCUGCCUGGCUCAGGUCCACUUUCCACGAGCGACGGGACAGUCCGGGGCCCUGAGGGCUCCCCGAAGGAGGGAGGCCUGAAGGGGCAGAAGGGGGAGCCGGGGGCUCCGGGCCUGCCUGGCUCCAUGGGACCCCCAGGCCCCCCGUGCAUGAUCGGCCCCCCGGGCCCCCCGUGCCCGUUCAGCCCCGAGAGUCCCCUGGGUCCUGUGGGUCCAGGGGCACAGAGCCCGCACGCGCAGCCUGUCACUGGGCCACAGGGACCCCCGGGGCUGCCAGGGAAGGACGGCGCCCCAGGAAGGGAUGGCCAGCCGGGCAACUCCGGUAAAGACGGAAAACCCGGUGACACUGGGCCACAGGGCUUUCCAGGGACCCCAGGAGAUGUGGGCCCCAAGGGCGAGAAGGGGGAUCCUGGGGUUGGGACAAGAGGACCCCCAGGACCCCAGGGGCCACCAGGGCCACCAGGACCUGCCUUCAGACACGACAGGCUGACCUUCAUUGACAUGGAGGGGUCCGGCUUCGGUGGUGACAUGGAGACCCUCCGGGGCCCGCGAGGCUUCCCCGGCCCCCCUGGCCCCCCCGGCGUCCCAGGCCUGCCCGGCGAGCCAGGCCGGUUUGGGGUGAACAGCUCCGAUGUCCCAGGACCCCCAGGUCUUCCUGGUGUGCCUGGACGGGAGGGGCCCCCCGGAUUCCCCGGCCCCCCGGGGCCCCCCGGUGCUCCAGGCAGAGAGGGGCUGCCAGGAAGGACCGGGCAGAAAGGCGGCCUCGGUGAAGCCGGCACCCCAGGACCCAAGGGAAGCACGGGAGACCCUGGUCCCGCUGGCGCUCCCGGGGAGAGCGGCGUGGCAGGAGCCCCUGGGCCAGCUGGACCGCCGGGACCCCCUGGGCCCCCCGGACCCCCAGGACCAGGAUUUGCAGCUGGGUUUGACGACAUGGAAGGCUCCGGGGCUCCUCUCUGGUCGACGGCCCGAGGCUCCGACGGGCCACAGGGACGGCCUGGCCCGCCCGGACUCAAGGGGGACCCCGGGACGCCUGGGCCACCCGGGGCCAAGGGAGAAGUCGGAGCGGAUGGGGCCCCUGGGUUCCCCGGCCUCCCCGGCAGAGAGGGCACCGCCGGGCCCCAGGGACCGAAAGGGGACAGAGGGAGCCGGGGAGAAAAAGGCGACCCAGGGAAGGACGGAGUGGGGCAGCCCGGCCUCCCCGGGCCCCCCGGACCACCAGGGCCCGUGGUCUACGUGUCGGAGCAGGACGGAGCCGUGCUGAGCGCGCCAGGGCCCGAGGGCAGGCCGGGGCUCGCAGGCUUCCCCGGACCCGCCGGGCCCAAGGGUAACCUGGGCUCCAAGGGCGAGCGAGGCUUCCCGGGACCCAAGGGUGAGAAGGGCGAGCCUGGCAGUGUCUUCAGCCCCGACGGCAGAGCCGCCCCUGCCCCAAAAGGAGCGAAGAGCCGGGGCUUCCGAGGACCCCCGGGCCCGUAUGGGCGGCCGGGGCACAAGGGGGAGAUUGGCUUUCCUGGACGGCCGGGUCGCCCCGGGAUGAACGGACUGAAAGGAGAGAAAGGGGAGCCGGGAGAGGCCAGCGUGGCGUUGGGCACGAGGGGAAUGCCCGGCCCCCCUGGGCCUCCGGGCCCCCCAGGCCCUCCUGGGACUCCUCUCUACGAUGGCAACGCGUUUGUGGAGUCCAGCCGCCCUGGGCCUCCAGGACUGCCAGGAUACCAGGGGCCUCCUGGACCAAAGGGUGACAAGGGAGAAGUGGGCCCACCCGGACCAGCAGGGCAGUUCCCGUUCGACCUCCUGCACUUAGAGGCUGAAAUGAAGGGGGAGAAAGGAGACCGCGGGGACGUCGGACAGAAAGGAGAGAGGGGUGAGCCCGGGGGCGGCGGCUUCUUCGGCUCCAGUGUGCCGGGCCCCCCUGGCCCCCCAGGCCCGCCCGGCUACCCAGGGAUCCCGGGUGCCAAAGGAGAGAGUAUCCGGGGCCCACCCGGCCCACCUGGACCUCAGGGACCCCCCGGCAUCGGCUACGAGGGGCGCCAGGGCCCCCCCGGCCCACCAGGCCCUCCAGGGCCCCCUUCAUUUCCCGGCCCCCACAGGCAGACUAUCAGCGUUCCCGGCCCCCCUGGCCCCCCCGGGCCACCAGGACCUCCUGGAACCACUGGUGCCUCCUCAGGGGUGAGGAUGUGGGCCACGUUCCAGGCCCUGCUGGACCAGGUGCACGAGGUUCCCGAGGGCUGGCUCAUGUUCGUGGCCGAGCGCGAGGAGCUCUACGUCCGGGUCCGGGACGGGUUCCGGAAGGUCCGGCUGGAGCCCCGGACGCCACUCCCGCGGGGGACGGACAACGAGGUGGCCGCCCUGCAGCCCCCCGUGGUGCAGCUGCACGACAGCAACCCAUACCCCCGGCGGGAGCACCCCCACUCCACGGCGCGGCCCUGGCGGGCGGACGACAUCCUGGCCAGCCCCCCGCGCCUGCCGGCCCCCCAGCCCUACCCCGGAGCCCCGCACCACGGCUCCUACGUGCACCUCCGGCCGGCGCGCCCCACGGGCCCCCCAGCGCACACCCACCAGGACUUCCAGCCGGUGCUUCACCUGGUCGCGCUCAACAGCCCGCUGUCGGGCGGCAUGCGCGGCAUCCGCGGGGCCGACUUCCAGUGCUUCCAGCAGGCGCGGGCAGCGGGGCUGGCUGGCACCUUCCGGGCCUUCCUGUCCUCGCGGCUGCAGGACCUCUACAGCAUCGUGCGCCGUGCUGACCGCGGGGCCGUGCCCAUCGUCAACCUCAAGGACGAGGUGCUGUUUCCCAGCUGGGAGGCCCUGUUCUCGGGCUCCCAGGCCCAGCUGAAGCCCGGCGCCCGCAUCUUCUCCUUCGACGGCAGAGACGUCCUGAGACACCCGGCCUGGCCCCAGAAGAGCGUGUGGCACGGCUCGGACCCCAGCGGGCGCCGGCUGACAGAGAGCUACUGUGAGACGUGGCGGACAGAGGCCCCCGAGGCCACGGGCCAGGCGUCCUCGCUGCUGGCGGGCAGGCUGCUGGGCCAGCAGGCCGCGAGCUGCCGCGGCGCCUACGUCGUGCUCUGCAUCGAGAACAGCUUUGUGAGCGGCUCCCAGUAGGCCUGGCGCCCAGACGUGGUGGCCGCAGGGGACAGGUGGCGGGGCCAGAGGAGGCCCCACUGCGGACAGGGAGCAUCUGGCCAGCACCCUGGGGACCAGGCUGGGGUCCAUGUGUAGUUCACAUUUCAUGUAAUCCUCGGGAAAUAAAAGGAAGCCAAAGAGUGUAUUUUUAAAAAAAUUUAAAACAGAAGCUUGAUGCCAAGAUGUGAGCCCACCCACCCCUCCUGCCUGGGAACCCCAGAGCCCACUGGCCUGGCUUGGGGCACCCUGGGGGCGCCAAGUGGAGCCUCAGCCCAAACCAGACCGCGGCGCGAUGGCAGCAACAGGCCGACUCCGGGACUCCUGCUCCGGAGGCCGCACCCGCCCAGCACACGAGCUCCUCUGGGCCUGCCAGGUGCCGCCAAGGGCCCUGGAUCGCCCGGCAGGCACGGACUCAGUUUCCUGCCUGGUGCCCCUCUGUGCUCAAAGCCCAGGCCCAUCUGCAGACCAGCCCCGGCCAGGCACCAGGGGCUGAGGCCACGCUUGGCACGUGGCCGCCCAGCCUCUCCUGGCAGUGAACAGGCCAGCUCAGGUCACCAGGGCAACAGGCACCCGCCUCUUUGCUGGCCCAGACUCUGGCCCGUCCCCGGUGCCGUGUGCAGGGCUGGGACGUGGCCAGACUCCGUCCAUUGCCUACCCUGGCACGUGGGGACUGUCAUCAGGCCUCUGCCCUGCGAUGGCCUCCCAGUGACCCGUGAGGUCACAUCCACAGCAGGAAAGCUCAACUCCGGCCACAUCCAAGCUGGGAGUUUUGAGGGACCCAGGUGUUGGAGUGUGGCAGCUUCCUGUGUGGAGCCCUCAUCCUGUGCCCAGCACCCCCAUCCAGGGUGAGGAUGCCCAGUGCUGCCUUUGCCCAGCGGGGCCGAAGCCGACCACAGGUCCCAGCCCCAACACCCCAAGUCCCAGGCUCACCUCUGCAGGCUGCAGGCUCUGAAGCCCAGAGAGUGAAGGGGAUAGUCGGGAGCCCCAGCAAGGAUGCAGCUCAGCCAGCACCGGCCACAGCGAGGGGCCAAGGCUGGAGCACAGGGCAGCGGGUGAGGGCCACCACCGUCUGUCCACACCAGCACUUGAGAGGGCUGGCCCUGGGCACAGGUCACCAACUGUCUCCCAGAAAACCCACAGGGCAGCACCAGGUGGACCACGGGGUGGCCGGCAUGCACCUGCCUCGGGACUGCAGCAAAUCCGUGGGGCUGGUUCUGUGACCGUGUGUGACAUGGCGCCAGUUCAGACAGACACCAAAUAAAAAUGACCUUUACACUGA